AUGCAGAGAGACACGGAGCAAGCAUCCCUGCCAAGUUCCUCUUCUGAGGAAGGCUUGGUUUUGAGGCAGAAGCCCACGACGAUGCAAGUCCGGGGCAAGGGCGAUGUCACCCUGCAGCAGUGGAAAGAGCAGCAGCUGCAACGCCUGGCUGAAGAGCUGAAGGCAGAGUGGCAGGGGGCCCGGCUGCACGAGGUCAGAGACAUGGAGCGCCUCUACGUAGCCCAUCUGUUGGAUGAAGCAACAGGGAGGGCCCUGGGACACGACUUCAACUCGGACGAACUCUACCAGAGAAGAACGGCAAGACAUAUGAGGGCUAAGGAGAGAAGCAGAGCAGCCUUUAGAGGGGAGAAGGGCCGCAGAGAAGAGCACCCCAGGCACCACCACAAGUCUCGGAAAAAAGCAACGUGCUCACAGAGACGGGGUUCUACCAAAGCCCGGCGCCCAAACUCCAGUGAGAAGGGUAAAGGGAAGUGGGUAUCUUCAAAUAAGAGCAACCAGCCCUUGGGCCCUCGGGCCAGCAGAGCGGCAGACCUGGCAAAGCUUAACCCACUAUUAAGUAGUGCUGAGGAAAUUGAGUGCAUGGAGGAAGUACAGAAGGAAAUAUCCCAGGAGGGGAGGCGGCUCAUAGGAAGGGAAACAUCACGCCUUACUCAGAUCAUAAACUACAACUCCAAGGACCGGUAUCUGAGGGACAAAACACCUGACCUGGAAGAGCCCCUCAGCUCCACCUUCAAACAGGAGGCCACACCCCAGGUGUCUCAAUGCAAAUGCGGCGGUAAGAAUCAGUGGCACAAAGAGAUUGAGUCUGCCUUCGAAGAAUUGUUUAACACAAACAGAAAGCUGAAGAAACAACUGAAUUUACAUCUUGUACAGAGGCUCAAGGCAAACUGGAAUCCAGACGAACAACCGAGCUACUUAGAUACUCAGGGUGAGAACAGCGACACCCUGAAAGAGGAGAGAGCAGUGGAGACAGAAACUGUUGAUUCUGGGAGCCCAGUGGAGACGAAGGUCCAUGAGACAUGGUCCAAAAACAGUCUGAAAGAGUUGCUAAGUGAGGUCGAGUACCCCAGGUACCAACAAAUGGCAAAGUACCCGUUAAAGAGUGAAAGCAUCAUGGUGCCUGUUCCCAAGGCAGAAACACCUGGUGAACAAGAUGACUUGUUCUCAGGAAGCCCAGAGUUAGAACAGGAGCCGCCCAAGCCAGCCGAAGUGGAGGAGAAACCAGUGGACUCUGUAGCAAGCUGGAUAGCUUUGAGGAGGAAGAAGGCAGAGCUGGAGCAGAGAAGGCAGAAGACACUGCUGGAGAUGACAGAACACCCGGACAUGAGCUUGGAGAUCCACUACCAACCAGAGCUGGAGGAAGAACGCAGGGAGCGCCGGAGGAUGCGCUUGGCCAUCCUCAAGUCUUACUCCACUGGGGCCCAGCCCCCAGGCUCUAACCACAACAUUUCCCUGGACAGCUGCCUUCUUGAUGAGGAAAAACAGAACCAGAUGAUCCACGACCUUCAGCAGCACAUUUUAGAGCAAAGCAAUUUACACAAGCAGUUUUUGGAAAAAGCCAGGAAGCGCUUGCAGGAGUUUCAGAAAACAUUUUAA